CUUCUUCUCCUCACUUCUCUCUCCUUCUCUUCCUCACAUUGACUCGGAAUCCGAUCCAAUACUGCAGAAAUGAAGCUCCUAGCCCUCACCGCACUCGCGGCCGUCGUAGCUGCUCACGGCGACCACGAGCAUGACCAGACGCCAAUUGAAGGCCCACUGAACGGUCUGUGGUAUAACAGUCUGCCUGGCGAUGGUGGAACUCAGGCCGACUCCGUCUUCUCCGGAAUCUCAACCUUUGGCCGCCUCCAAUACCACCCAUGCCUCGCCAGCGACAAGUAUCAAUACGACAUUGCGUUUAUCGGCGCCCCCUUCGACACAGGCACUUCCUACCGCCCGGGCGCUCGCUUUGGUCCCAGUGGCAUCAGACAAGGUUCUCGCCGUCUAAAUCUGUAUGGUGGAUAUAAUGUCCCCCUGGACGCGAACCCGUUCAAUAGCUGGGCGAAGGUUAUUGAUUGUGGUGAUAUUCCUGUGACGUCCUACGACAACGCCUUCGCCCUCCAACAAAUCGAAGAAGGCCACAACGCCAUCCUCUCCCGCGCCCCCUUCACCAACGCCGCAGCCCCCGGCCCCUCAAAGAAAGGCAAAACCCUCCCCCGCGUCAUCACCCUCGGCGGCGACCACACCAUCACGCUGCCCCUGCUGCGGAGCAUUAACCGUGAAUACGGUCCCGUGAGCGUGAUCCACUUCGACAGCCAUCUCGAUACCUGGAAACCCAAAGUCUUCGGCGGCGCGCCCUCGCACCAAGCCUCCAUCAACCAUGGCACCUACUUCUUCCACGCCUCGCAAGAAGGCCUGCUGGCCAACGACUCCAACAUCCACGCCGGCAUCCGCACGACGCUGUCGGGCCCCUCCGACUACGAGAACGACGGCUACUGCGGCUUCGAGAUCGUGGAAGCGCGCGCGAUCGACACCAUCGGCACCGAGGGCAUCAUCAAGAAGAUCCGCGAGCGCGUCGGCACCACGAAGCCCGUGUACCUGAGCAUCGAUAUCGAUACGUUGGAUCCGGCGUUCGCGCCCGCAACGGGUACACCCGAGACUGGAGGGUGGUCGACGCGCGAACUCCGCACUAUUGUUCGCGGGCUCGAAGGCGUCAAUCUCAUCGCGGCUGAUAUCGUCGAGGUGGCGCCGGCCUAUGAUACUAAUGCUGAGCUGACGACUAUGGCGGCUGCGGAUGUGCUGUACGAGGUUAUGACGCUGAUGGUGAAGCGGGGGCCGUUGAGCGUCAAGGACUAUGAGAAGAAGGAGACAGUGGAGCUGAAGGCUUAGGCGUGACAAGGAUUGCGAAGUUGAUGGGGGGGUCGGCGGGCGGUGUCGAGUUGGAUGGAGUUGGGUGAAAUCCGGGGAUUGGCAUCGGAGAUGGCGCUGAUGGUGAUUUGAAACAUGAUAGUAUGAAACGUGUUAUGAAGGAGGACAGAGAAUGAUGAAACCUUCGGAUUUAAUGGCAUAGCCUUGACCGAGCUAUAAAACCUGAACACGUCGAUUACCUAAAGACUAGUCGUCUAGUAGAGCACGCAGCAAUACCAACAUGCAAAAGUGCUAUCACAUUGUCUUGCUCCAUAAGAGUCGUUAAGUACUUCAUACAUCUCUAAACUACAUUUCGGUAACAGAAAGCUGCCCUUCCAGCAUCUCCCAUCUCGGAUCGAAUCAUACAGGCG